GAAGCUGCCGUCAGUGUUACACUAGAGCCAGUCCCGCCCCCCAACACUCACCCAAGCGCACCCCUGGGCGGAAGGUGGUCGGUGCAUCAGUCCUCCCGCAGUGCGGGCGGGGCGGCCUGAACCCGCACGAUGGCAUUAGCCGCCCGGGGCACGCUCCGCGGAGCUGGUACGUUCUGCGCGCAGAUGCUGCUGCUCCGAUCCUGCCACCGCUUGCUCAGGCGCGGCCAAGCCCGGGCACUGGGAGCCGCCGCCGCCGCCUCCUCCAUGGCGCCCAGUGUUCAGUUCUCGCCCGCCCAACGCAGCCUGUUCGAUGAGCCGCUGGCCAUCGCGGUGCAGGGGCUGUGCCCGCAACAGGAGGUCACUCUCCGUCUGUCUCUGCAGGACGAGGGGGGCGAGCUCUUCCAGUCCUGCGCCCGCUACCAGGCAGGGAGCAGCGGGGAGCUGGACCUCACCCGCUCCCCGGCGCUGCCGGGACUGGGAGGCAGCUUCUCCGGCCUGGAGCCCAUGGGGCUGUUCUGGUCCCUUCAGCCCCAGAAACCCUUCAGGCGGCUGGUGAAGCGGGAUGUGGAGAGCCCCUUCUGCCUGGAGCUGGAGGUGUUCGAGGGCCACGGGCCCCUCCCCAGCCGGCUGCUGGCCAGGGGUGCCCACGAGCGGGGCUUCCUGCGGGACGGGGUGAGGAGGAUCCCGGUGCGAGAGGGGAGGAUCCGGGCCACACUUUUCCUGCCUCCUGAAGAUGGCCCCUUUCCUGGAAUCAUUGACAUAUAUGGUACUGGAGGGGGGCUUCCUGAAUAUAGGGCAAGCCUGCUGGCCAAUCAUGGCUUUGCCACACUGGCUCUGGCUUACUAUGGCUAUGAAGAUCUCCCCAAAGAUAUGAAGGAAUUCCAUCUAGAGUAUUUUGAGGAAGCUGUGAACUAUAUGUUGCAACACUCACAGGUUAAAGGUCCUGGAAUUGGGUUACUUGGAAUCUCUAAAGGUGGUGACCUAUGUAUCUCCAUGGCUUCCUUCUUAAAAGGCAUUACUGCCACUGUCACCAUCAAUGGCUCUGUGGCCAAUGUGGGUGCAGUGCUUCGUUACAAGGAUAUCACUAUUCCACCUCUUGGCAUCAAUUGGAAGCGCAUCAAGAUUGAUAAGUCUGGGAUUGCAGAUAUUGUGGAUGUCUUGAAUAACCCACUAGAGGGACCUGACCGUCAAAGCUUUAUCCCACUGGAGAAGGCUGAGGGGCACUUCCUGUUCAUUGUUGGCAAAGAUGAUCAUAACUGGAAGAGUGAAUUCUUUGCCACUGAAGCCUCCAAUCGUUUGCAGGCUCAUGGGAAGGAAAAGCCUGUGAUAGUCUGUUACCCUGGAGCAGGGCAUUAUAUUGAACCACCCUUUUCCCCAAUGUGCUCAGCCUCAAUGCACCUGUUGGUUGGCAACCCUGUGAUCUGGGGAGGUGAGCCCAAAGCUCAUUCUGUGGCACAAGUGGAUGCUUGGCAGAAAAUCCAAGCCUUCUUCCACAAACACCUCAGUGGUAAACAAUGUGUAACAGGCAAGCUGUGACACACCUGGCUAUAAGGUGCAUUUUACAGAUAAAAUUACUAGUUGUUAAAGUUUACUUGGGUAAAAGAAUCUUUCAGUGAGUAUGAAAGGGAAUUUGAGUGAAUAAAUCUUUAAGCUGAAUUUUUUUGUUCCUCCCCUCCACUGCCCAGGUUGCUGCUGGACCUUAGAGGACCAGAGGGUUUUCUGUUUUCUCAGCCCAUGGGACAUGACCCACUUGCAAGUCACACCCCACAAGUUGAGGAUUAGUGCACAGUAGAGUUAACUUUCAGCCUACUGUGUGGGGAUUUAGCCAUUACAUAUGAUUCUCAUUCUAGUCUCAUGGCUUGGAUUAUAAGCAACUGAAUUGAAAUAUUGUCUGUUGCUUCUGAAUUAAAUUUACUUAAACUGUUUGUUGGUUUGAUAAGUUUCAAAAUCCAGUGCCUUGCAAAUCCAAGCUAAAAUUGAUUGACUGUAAAACCAACUCAGUGUUUUAUGGAGGUUUUUUUUCAUUAUCAUUAAAAUUAAAUAAAUACAUAUUUGAGGA